AUGGAGAAGUUUACACAUAAUCAAAAAUUGGAUACAAAUGCUCCCUGUACGAGGGAACUGACCGAAACGCAGUUGAGUUUUGCCCCACCAAAGAUCAAGAAAGUUAUGCCCACUCGUGCUAAUCGUAUGGAGCAGUUUCUAUGGCAGGAAAUGUUCGAAGAGUACAAACGUCAAAAUGCACAACCCGUCGAUUUGGGCAAGAAUCAAACAGAGUAUUAUGACCAAUAUUGUAAGGAUUUGCCGGUGGAGGAUAAAGACCGAAAGGAGGUUGUGGAUAAUAAAUAUCCUUUAUAUUGCACCACAGCCAUAACUUUGUGGAAUCACGAUGGUGAUGCCACUAAGACCUUUAGAAAAUCAUAUUCCAUUACAAGGCCCAUUCAGGAGUGCUCUGAGAAGUUCGCCCCAUAAAAUGUACGAAAUGCCAAAUGAUUCCAAAGUCUGAGAAUUUAUUUAUGUUCAUUUUCAAUUAGUGAUUGUGACGAAGAAUUAGAGUUGUUUAAGACGAAGAUCUGUUUAAAUUAGUUUCCUUAUGUUCGACACAAAUAAUAAAUUGCAACUUAUUCAUGUUUUGUA